CUUUGCUACAGCUGCUGCUUUGCUACAGCUGCUGCUUUGCUACAGCUGCUUGGGUUGAUCUGCUGUGCUGGAUGUGCUUGUUUUUUUAUUUUUUAUUUGAAAAGUUUCCGUACAAUAAGGAUGUGCUUGUUAGUUUGACUCCAUCUGCCUUGCUUCUACUUCCGCCCUGCUCUGCUCUGGAGUCAUUUCUUUCUGGUCUAACCUGCGUGCACGUGACAGCUCUUUAGGACCGGAUGCUUCUGGGAUCUUUUCGCACGUGCACAUCAUGAACUGGCAUAAUUACGGAAGCCUUUUAAGGACUAUGGGGUUUGGGGAAUUUGACUAUUUGAAGCUGAGAGCCACAGGUGGAGGAGUCCUGGUUGGUGGUGUGUUUCCCUGGUUAAGGUCCCCCUUCACGUCCAUGAGACUCAGUGCUGAGACCAGACUCUUGUGGAGAGGAAUGCCAUCCAUCAUUGAAUCUGACUUCAGGGCAGCUGUCUGAGGAAGAAGGAUGACUCCCCCUCUCAAGAAACGGAGGGGCACGCCUCGUAGUCAUGACUGUCAGCAGUGUGGGAAAGAGUUCUCUUCUUCUUCAAAUUUAAAGAACCAUAUGCGAGUUCACACAGGAGAGAAACCAUACAGCUGUGAUCAGUGUGGGAAAAAGUUCCGGGCACGAGGUGAGCUGAAAGGCCAUGAGCUCAUUCACACUGGAGCGAAACCGUAUAGCUGUGAUCAGUGUGGGAAAAAAUUUGCUCUAAAGGUGUAUUUACAACAGCACCAAAGAACUCACACAGGAGAGAGGCCAUACAACUGUGAGAUCUGUGGGAAGGCUUUCAACCAGCCAAUUGUAUUGAAGAAUCAUAUACGCACUCACACCGGAGAGAAACCAUACAAAUGUGAGGACUGUGGUAAAAGUUUCAGUCACGCAGGUAACUUUAAGAAUCACAGAAACAUCCACACCAGAGAAUUACUCUACCCUUGUCAGGACUGUGGUAAAGUCUUUACUGAUCCAGGUGCCUUUAAGCGUCAUGAGCGUAUUCACAGUGGAGAGAAACCGUACAAAUGUGAGGACUGUGGUAGGGCCUUCUCUAGAUUAAGCAGUCUAAGGAUCCAUCAGCGUCGCCACACUGGAGAACAGCCGCUCAGUUGUGAUCAGUGUGGGAAAGCUUUCUCAAAGCUAGGGACCCUCAGCUCACACCGCCGCAUUCAUACUGGAGAGAAACCGUACAGCUGCGAGCAAUGCGGGAAAGCAUUUUCAUCUAAAGGUAACCUACAGACUCACAUCCAAGUGCACACUGGAGAGAAACUGUACAGCUGUGACAUGUGUGGGAUAAAAUUUGCUCGAAAAGUGGAGUUAAAGAUUCACCAACGAACUCACACGGGUGAGACGCUGUACAACUGUGAGAUCUGUGGGAAAGCUUUCACAGAGUCAUCUGCAUUGAAGCGUCAUAGACGCACUCACACCGGAGAGAAACCAUACAAAUGUGAGGACUGUGGUAAAAGUUUCAGUCACGCGGGUAACUUCAAGAAUCACAGAAACAUCCACACCAGAGAAUUACUCUACCCUUGUCAGGACUGUGGUAAAAUCUUUACUGAUCCCCGUGCUUUAAAGCAGCAUGAGCGUAUUCAUACUGGAGAGAAACCGUACAGCUGUGAGCAAUGUGGGAAAGCAUUUUCAACUCAACGUAACCUGCAAACUCACCUCCGUGUGCACACAGGAGAGAAACCCUUCAGCUGUGACCAAUGUGGGAAAGCAUUUUCAACUCUAAUUAACCUGCAAACUCACCUCCGUGUUCACACUGGAGAGAAACCGUACAGCUGUGACCAAUGUGGGAAAACCUUCAGGCUAAAAUACAGCUUAACAUGCCACCAGCAGAUCCACACUGGAGAGAAACCACACAAAUGUAGACACUGUGAGAAAGGCUUCAGAAGUCAAGGAGAAUGUGUCGCACAUGAACGCGUCCACACCGGAGAGAAACCAUACAUCUGUGGGGAGUGUGGGAAGAGUUUUAGGAGUUCAUCUUUACUUCGUAAACAUGAACUCAUCCAUGCUGGAAUCAGAAAGUACCAGUGUGAGCACUGUGACAAAAGGUUUGCUUCAGCUCACAAACUUGAGAAGCAUCAGCGUGUCCACACCGGACACAGGCCGUACUGGUGUGUUGGUUGUGAGAAAAGCUUCACAGGGAGCUCUGGGCUGAAAACACACAAAUGUGUCAAAAAAGAGAGUUAAAGUUCUUUGUAGUCUUCAACUGUUUGACUAACUUUGAGAUGUGUAAUUGUUCUACACUUACUGUUCAUAAAUAUAAUUAAUCAGCUUUAGAGAAGGAUAGAAGAAGGUGAAACAGAGACUUUUAAAACACUUGUGCUGAGUCUUGAGAGUGUUGAUGUUGUAAAUGUUUUCAUCCAAACUAAUGAAUUGUAGUGAACAGUUCAAUCUUGAACGCACACACUUCUGUUUGAAAGUCUAUUUACAGACAGACGAUCACACUACUAGGACCAGAAAUAUUCAAGCAUUGUUACUAGUUUUAAACAUUUUUUCAGCAUAUUUUUGAACAAUCUUUCUUUUUUGAAUGCUGUUCUGAAAUAAAACUGGCCAACUCUAACAUAUUAUGGUCUGUUUGGGCAGUUGAACUUGAAAUGAGUCUGUUAUUAGUUGUUAGUUUGAAUCAUUUAGUGAUGUUUUAUUCAGUAAUCUGAAUUUAUUGUUGUUAUGGAGAUGUUAACCUUCUUUUUUAUGCUUAGCUUUUAACUAAAUCUAAUCCUGACUUUGGUUUGAAAUUGAACUUGUAAUGAUUGAGCAAUAAAACAGGAAUGGUUCUCUUCUCUUU